GGUUUGGUUAAUUAUAAGAAUUUUUUACUGUUAAUCUAGAAAUGCCUCCCAAGAAACCUGCUGCUCCUGAGGUGAAGCCGCUGAUUGGCCGUGUUGGAACAAACCUCAAAAUUGGCAUUGUAGGUUUGCCUAAUGUAGGCAAAAGCACCUUCUUCAAUGUGCUCACCAAAUCUCAAGCCCAGGCUGAAAAUUUCCCAUUCUGCACAAUUGAUCCCAAUGAAAGCCGGGUGCCGGUGCCAGAUGAGCGAUGGCAAUUCUUGUGUGAAUAUCACAAGCCAGCAAGUAAAGUUCCUGCAUUCCUGAAUGUGACGGACAUUGCCGGCUUGGUGAAGGGAGCGUCCGAGGGCCAAGGCCUGGGCAAUGCCUUCCUGUCCCACAUCAAAGCUUGUGACGCUCUCUUCCAUCUCAUGAGAGCAUUUGACGAUGGUGACGUGACCCACGUGGAGGGGGACGUGAACCCCGUCAGGGACUUGGAGAUCAUUGCUAAUGAGCUCAGGCUUAAGGACAUUGAGUGCGUGAAUGCUGCUUAUGACAAGAUUGCUAAGCUGGUGGAGCGGGGCGACAAAAAGUUAAAGGCGGAGUAUGACGUCCUUGUUAAGGUCAAGGAUCUUCUUGAGAACAAGCAGCAGCACAUCAGAUUUGCUGACUGGGACGGCAAGGAGAUCAUCGAGCUGAACAAGCACCUGCUGAUCACCAGCAAGCCCCUGAUAUACCUGAUCAACCUCUCCGAGAAGGACUACAUCAGGAAGAAGAACAAGUGGUUGCCCAAGAUCAAGGAGUGGGUGGACGCCAACGACCCUGGGGCUCUGAUCAUCCCCUUCUCAGGGGUCCUGGAGAACAAACUCCUCGAGAUGGGGGAGGAGGAACGGGCUGAAUACUGCAAGGCCAACAACUGUACUAGCGCCCUGGACAAGAUCAUCACGCAGGGCUACAAGGCCCUGCAGCUCGAGUAUUACUUCACGUGCGGCCCUGACGAAGUCAAGGCCUGGACCAUACAGAAGGGCACGAAGGCUCCUCAAGCCGCGGGCAAGAUCCACACGGACUUCGAGAAGGGCUUCGUUAUGGCCGAAGUCAUGAAGUUCUCAGACUUUAAGGAGGAAGGAAGCGAGGCGGCUGUCAAGGCGGCGGGGAAGUACCACCAGCGGGGACGCAACUACACCGUGGAAGACGGGGACAUUAUUUUCUUCAAGUUCAACGCUGCGGGACUCAAGAAGAAAUAAAUAUAGAGAUUUCAAUACCAGCGUGCAGUGAA